CUACCAUGAGCGUCAUCUACAAAUUGCAAAAGAAGUGGGGGACAAAGAUGAAGAAGGAGGAGCUUAUGGAAAUCUUGGCAAUGCCUAUCAGAGCUUAGGCGAUUUUGCCUAUCAGUGCCUGAGUGAUUUUCAUGAGGCAGUCGCAUAUCAUGAGCAUCACCUACAAAUUGCUAAAGAAGUGGGGGACAAAGCGGGAGAAGGAAAGGCUUAUUGUAAUCUUAGCAAUGCCUAUCAAAGCUUAGGCAAUUUUCAUAAGGCAAUUGAGUACUGUGAGCGUGACCUACAAAUUGCAAAAGAAGUGGGGGAUAAAGCUGGAGAAGGACGGGCGUAUGGAAAUCUUGGCAAUGCCUAUCAGAAGUUAUGCGAUUUUCAUAAGGCAAUCAAGUAUCAUGAGCAUCGUCUACAAAUUCUCCAGUUUAAUGACGAGUGGAAAAUUAGCUACCGCGAUACGUAUAAUAAUGUUUACAAUAGUUUGUGGCGUCUCCAUUUAAGCCAAGGUGAAGCAAAUUAUGCCUUGCGUGUUGCUGAGGAUGGACGGGCGCAGGCUCUAAAAGAUCUCAUGGAAGAAAAUUAUGGGUGUCACGAGGUAUACUCUUGGUCUCAUUCCUCAGUAGAGUCAACUGGUUCCUCUGCUAGAUCCAUUCCUUCGACAACAGUUUUCAUAGCUCUCAAUGAAAAAGAAAUCAUUUUCUGGGUCAUAAGGAAAGAUGAAGAAGUCACCUUGAGGAGAAGAGAGGUAAGAGACUAUGUUUCAGAAGAAGACGUGAGAACUUACCUUUCGUCUCUAUACCAUACCACCUUACUCGAAAUUGGUGCACGCGCUGGCGUUAAAAUCGAAAAUCGCUCACUUGAUGAGUCACGUGAGGUGGGGUGCACGACUGACAGGGCCCCUGUCAAUAUUUCUCGGCCUCUUUCAUCACAGGAAAGCUUAAAGAGCUUUUUUGACCUUAUCAUUGCUCCUGUUGCUGACCUGGUUCAUGGAAAUGACCUCAUUCUCGUUCCAGAAGGUCCAUUAUGUUUGGUACCCUAUGCAGCACUGAUGAACCCAAAACAGGAGUAUCUGUGUGAGUCUCUAAAGAUCAGAUUCAUUCCGUCCUUGACCACUUUGAAAUUAGUUACCGAUUCUCCAGCUGACUUCCACAAUAAGACAGGCGCCCUUCUCGUGGGAGAUCCGUACCUAGAGGAAGUUCUCUAUAAAGGGAGAAAGUUGGGUGAGCUGCCAUAUGCAAAGAAAGAAGUAGAGAUGAUUGGAAGAAUCCUAGGAACGGCUCCCCUCAUUGGAAAAAUGGCGACUAAAGGAGAAGUCUUAAAGCGACUAUCCACGGUUGCUUUAGUGCACAUCGCCGCACAUGGCAAAAUGGAUACAGGAGAAAUUAUUUUGGCCCCAAACCCUGCUGAGGAAUCCCAUCAUCCUGAGGAGAAAGACUUUUUGUGGACGAUGGCGGAUGUGUUGGAAGCUAAGCUGCGGGCAAGAUUGGUUGUGUUGAGUUGCUGUCAUAGUGCUCAUGGAGAAGUAAAGGCUGAGGGAGUGGUUGGCAUUUCUCGAGCAUUUUUAGGUGCUGGGGCUCGUUCCGUUUUGGUGUCCCUCUGGGGAAUUAAUGACGAAGCCACUUUCCGAUUCAUGAAACAUUUCUAUAAAGGACUAGUUAAAGGAAGGAGGGUCAGUGAAGCUCUUAACCAAGCCAUGAAAUGUAUGAGAGAGUCUGAAGAGUUCGGGGAAGUAAAGUACUGGGCACCAUUUGUUCUCAUUGGGGAUGAUGUCACUCUGGAGCUAAAUGGAACUGAUUCAGUCUAGUCACCGCUGAAUGUAAAUAUAACUUGUUUUGAUAUUUUCCUUUAAUGUUCUUAACACUCUUAAAGUGCUUAGUCUUGACGUCAAAUUUUACACACUUCAUUCAUCUGCAUUCUCUACUGUAAUACGACUCUCUUGCAAACCCACCCAAAUUUCAUUUCAUUUCAAGCCACAGGAGUUAUAUUUGUGGACUGUUUCAUAC